AUGAUUAGUCAGGUUGACAGGGAGGAUCUUGUCUCCCUCACACGCUGGGCUUACAAAUACUUUCAUGCGAACAUUCCGGGGUUCGAGGCAUUUUUGGAAGGCUCCAACGACAAUCAAUUCGUACGGAAUGUGAUCCUAAAGUUCCUCACGACAAAGAAUCUUGCCAAGGUCACAGAACCGCUCAGAGAUGAAGUGGGUUUGGCAACUUCAGAGCUCUUUACCGAGAGCAAAGGCGAGCCGAUCUGCCGGAACGAGGAAUGGCUCGACCUCGCAGUCCAGUACGCCACGACAGGGUGGCUCGCAGCCAACGAGCUGCGGGACUGGCCCAGGCCCCUCCGGCCCCUUGUCCACUGGUUCUUGCCCCUCUGCACCAAGGCCAGGGCCCAGGUGAAGCAGGCCCGCGCUAUUAUCGGCCCAUACGCGGAGGAGCGGCGCCGCCUGCGGGCACAGGGCCACAAGUUCAACGACGCACUUGAGUGGUUUGAGGAGGCCUCCAUAGGCGACAUGGGCUUGACGCAAAAGGGCCUCUAUCAGAUGAAAUUCAUGGACAGCUUCAUCAAGGAGUGCCAGAGAAUGAAACCGAUUCAUAGUGAGAACCAGGCACAAUUGAUCAGCACGAGCCCGGAUCACCUCGGGUUCAGCCAUGGCCUGCACGCUUGCCCCGGCCGUUUCUUUGCCGCCAAGGAAGUCAAAAUGGCGCUGGUCCAUCUCCUGUUCAAGUACGAGUGGAAGACACCAGCUGACUGGUCGGAGAACAACCCGGAGAACUCGUUCAACAUAGCCACAGACCCGUGGCUCCGGAUCCAAAUACGGCGACGGGAGCAGAAUGUUGUCUGA